AUGAAAUCGUCUCCUUUCGAAAAGCUCACAGAAGACGCCGCGGAAGUUGAACCUCCAUCGUACGGUCAGAUUGAUGAGCCUCCCCUAGUAAUACCGCCGUUGGACUUGUUCAAAACAGCUGGACCGCCUGUUUGUUCGACAGUCACCCAAGACCAAUGUAUUGCUCAUCUGAAGUUCUUAGCAGCACUCGCCGAUCUACGCGACAACUUAACUAACAUCAAGGGUCUAUUCAAUAUCAAUGAUCCUGACCCAGAUGUGUUUGGAGCUACUACACAUGAGGCAUUUGCUCGUGUCAAAGAAAAGCGAUGGGCUGUGUACACAGCCAGGGCAGCCGACCGCUACACGACUUGGUGGCAGAAAUGUAUUCAAUCCCCUAGGCGAUGUCCCAAGCGCCGUGACCUGCAGGACGGCAGUUAUGACUCAAUUACCGAGCACAAGACGUUCUACUGGUCUCCAAAGGCAAUGCCCCCUCUAGAUAUUCUAAUGGUGUGGCACGCACAUAUGCUGAACCCUAGGGCCUUUCUUGAAGAUUGCAUUCGAGGAGGUGCCAUGGGCUUCUGGACAGCUGGUUUCCCUUGGGAAAUUAUCAACUCCUGCAUCGACGAUCAAACCAUAGAAUACAACGCUGGGCAGGCAGCGGUAGCCCGCUUUCAGCAGAAAACCGGUCUGCCCUGGGACAAUCUAAAGUGUUCAUCCAAGAAGCCCCUCGGUUGUCCUAGCUGUAAGCACGAGCUGUCCGUGCCCUGGACCGAAGCUCGGAUGUCUUACCCACUCGAUGAAGCAUUUAACAAUUGCCGGGGCUUCGCUGAUAAAAAUUUCCAAACGACAUGUCCGGUCUGUAACUUCCAAGUCACACACGAGAGCCUAAAGAUCGAGAAGUUUCGGAAAGAUGUUAGGGCUUUUUGGGCCUCGGACGUGCCGAUGCCGGGGACGUUCUAUGAUAUCAGGGGCGUGCCAAAAGCUGUCUCUGUCUCGAGUCGAAAGAAGAGGCAGUCCAUAUUCCCCAAUCGCUUAAUCAAGGCGAUAGGGACCGUUCUCCUUUCGCAGACUGACCCAACGGACAAUGACUGCAGGACAAUGGCGGCGUUACGCAACAGGCUACAGUCCAGCAUCAUGAGCCGGGACAUCAUGCGAAAGGUCAACCCAGAUUCAGGCUUUUACUCAUUAUGGCCAGAAGAGAAGGUGGCAUUCCGUCGGAUGAUGGCUCGCUAUUGGGAUAAUCAUAGUCCCUUCGCGCUAGACCUGGUUGGUGCUGUCAUUCGACAAGGAACUUUUGUUCAAAAGAUGGACAACAUUGAUUGGCUUCACUCGCCUACAGUGAAGGCCACCAUGGACCGUUUGAUCAGAAAAUAUGAAGUUUUCUUCCAAAUCAUGGCACAAAACCCACGCAACAUGGCUGUCCCAACUCUGGAUGUCGAUCUUGCCUGGCAUACCCAUCAACUGUCGCCUUCAAGGUACUUUGACUAUUCCAUCUUCACAACACGGCAACACACCAGGGUUCCGAAUUUUAUUGAUCAUGACGAUAAAGUCGAAGAAACUAAACUGUCGGAUGGAUUCGAGUGGACUAGCAAAAUGUACAAGAAGCUCACCAAAGGUGAUAUCUACAGCGAGUGCACUUGCUGGUACUGUGAGGCUAUCCGAGCUCCGGAUCUCAGCGACGGCAUCUUUAUCUCCCAGUCAACCUCCCGAGCUCGCGAAGCGGCCGCCAAUCUCCACAAUCGGCCAGAUAUAUCUUCGAAUCCGGACAAGAACCCCCAUAUCUCCGCGCACAGUGCUGUCCCAGCGGAAACAAAGAAGACACGGUCCGGCUUUAAUCCUCGAUAUGUGAAGCACUUGAAACUUCAAAGCAACUACCAAAAGUCACGCCGUCGUGCAGAGAAGCGAGAUCGCAAACAAGGCAACAAGGAACAGGACCGUGCUUCAGACGCCAGUCUUCAUGCCCUUCCCAUGGUAUACGGUUAUCCAAUAUAUGUGCCAUGCUACGCCCCGUAUGUGGCUGACCCCUGCGUGCACUCCAAUGCAUAUGCUUCAAAUCCAGGCUGCAUGAGCUUCGUCUCCGGGGCCCAUGGCAACUGUGCCGUGGGAACCUGUGGAGGCAGUGUUGCGGCAGGCGGCUGUGGUGGGAUGGGAGGGGGAUGCGGCGGUGGAUGUGCUGGCGGGGGGGGCGGAGCAGCAGGCGGGUGUGGAUCAGGUGGUAGUGCAGGGUGCGGCGGGAGUAGCAGUGGGGGAGGCGGAGGCGGAGGUUGUGGUGGCGGGGGAGGAGGAGGAGGCUGUGGCGGAGGGGGUUGCUGA